GUUAUGCCCACGCUUCCGAGCUGUGUCGCCCUGCGCCGCGCGGUACGUUGUAGCCGAGUUGAGUCGCUGCUCCUCCGGCGUCGCGGACUCCAAGCUCUCGCUGUCCUCGGCUUCUCCGCUGUGACCUCUCGCUGCUCCACAAGGCGUGCUCGUAAAAAACUCGACCCCCCCAACCCCCGCACUAGUGGAUAAGAAAACCUUGUCAAAACAGACAUUAAAAACACUUUAGUGUGUGGGUGGAUUACAAGCGAGGAGCCUCAGUAGCGGGAACCAUGAGUGGACGCGGGGACGAGGCCGGCGAGAGCUCCCAGGAGCCCGCAGGGGCCGCGGAGCCCCAGAAGCGGAGGCCGGGGAGACCCAGGAAGAUCAAGAAGGAGCCCAGUGGAGAGCCCGUCCCCAAGCGCCCAAGGGGACGUCCCAAAGGAAGUAAGAACAAGGGCCCUUCAAAGGCAGCACAGAAGAAAGCUGAAGUAACCGGGGAGAAAAGACCAAGGGGGCGACCCAGGAAAUGGCCUCGGCAAGUUGUCCAGAAAAAACCUGUAGAGGACGAAGAAGAAGAAGAGGAGGAAGAAGAAGAAGAAGAAGAAGAAGAGAGUUCCCAGAGGAAGAUUAAGGAGGAUGAUUAAGCUUCCAUACCGCAAAACCUCUACCUCAUACAGUUGUCAGGUUUUUCAAAGGGAAACAACUACCUUGACCACUUUUGUUUUCAUUUUACUUUUGUUUUAUUUUACUUCAUGUCCAGUACUUCACUUUGUCACUGGGAUGUUUCUGGUUAGAGCUCACACCAUACAGAUUUAGACCACACACUUGCGUACUCACACUUAAUACUAGGUACAGAGUCUACACAGUAUACCUAUGGAAGUGUUCUGGCUCAAUUUGCGCAUUUACUCUCAGUCUCUUGAGUGCAUAAGCGCGUUGACAGUGAGAAUAAUAGCAAAAUUACACUGAAAGGUAAAAAUGUUAAGACACUUACCAUCCUCAGUAGUCACCAUCAUAGCUACUUACUACUGUCAAAAUGUACGCUCUCAGGAUCUACGUACACAGUGCACACUGUAUACUAGCGACAGAAGUGUUUCAUUUGACACAUACGGAGAUACAGUUGGUCUCCUGAGAAAUAUUUGUCAUUCAGAAGUCUUCCAGUCUACAUUUCUGAUAGAGCCACCCAUCAAGAACAGGUAGACACAUAUUUCCUCAGAGCAGUAUUAUAUAAUAAUUUUAUUUUUCAUGAACCAUCACCUGAAGCCCUGAUUGCUAAAGUUGUUUACUUAGGACUAUAAAAAAUUUACAUUUACAAACAAUGCCAUCCUUUAUAGAUUCACAUAAAUCGUAAUGAAAAUGGAGGAAUAGUCGACCCAAUAACGUCCCCUUCAUAUUUAUAUAGCCUUAUUCUGCCUUAAAGGAAAACUGCACGUUUUUUUGAAUUUUGCGCUUCAUUCACAAUCCUUAUGUGAGACAAAAUAAAAAUGUUUUUCCCUUUUCUGUGCAUUCUAGAUAGUUAAAAACUGCUAGCAGAAGUGGUUAACGAUACAGGUAAUAAGAAUCACACUUAAUUAUCUUAAGAAAACCUCCAAAACCGCUUUAAUUAAAUGUCGUGACCUGCAUAUUAACCAAGAUAUAGCAACAUUGUUAGUGUAAAGGCUAACAAAAAGUAACUACUUUUCUGGCGUAGUAAAACGCCUUGCUCACAGCAGCUCGGGCCACUACCAAGAGGUACGCUAAUGCUAGCUACGAGAGCUAUGCUAGAUUAAUCCUGCCUCUCACCUGUAUAGUAGAAAGUUGUGUCAAUAAGCCGAGAAGUUGGUCAACUUUGAAAUUCCACACGCUACUAGUGCAUCCCAGUGAGAGCGGAUAUUGUAGAUGAAGUUAUGUUUGAUUGAUUGAUUGAAUUAGUCCGCAUUGUUAGCUGUCUUCUGCUAGCAGUUUUUCACUAAUUAUUGAUGGGCAAAAUUUACAAAAAUUGUCCAGUUUUCUUUUAAUGUCAUUGAAAUUGGUUAAAGAUGCUUUAGCUGCUUUAACAAGAUUAAACUUUAAGAGUAUAAUAAAUAACAAUAGAAUACUUUUUUUAAAUAAUACCCAAGCAGCAGUAAAACUGUAAUAUAUGUAUUUAAAAUUUGAAAAGUAGAUAUAUAUCUAUACACACAUAUCUAUACACACACACACACACACACACACACACACA